AUGAGUACCAGAGGAACUCGAAAGUCCAGAAAAACGGCCAAAGAGCCCGCUGAGAAUCUCAAAUAUGUGCGGUUUGAUGGUCUGCGCAAGGCCGCGGAGUUUUCGCUUCAGGAAACCGUCAGCAAGUUCGACAUUGAGAAGCUCGUUGAAUGUUAUCCCGGGGUCGAUCGCGAGACCUUGACGGAUUUCCACCAUCAGAUCACCGAAAUGUGGACCAGCAAAGCCCUGGACGAGUUCCAAGGCAUAUAUCUGGAGAAGGACCUGGAACAGAAACUCAAUGAGCUCGACGAGAUUAUGUUCGAGUCGCGACAACGGCAGCUGCGCAACGACCCACCGUUUCUGAUCCACAGGCUCAGUGCCGAGGACAUUGUUCAGACAAAGCUUUUAGACGUCAAACAGCAGUCGAUCAGCAAACUGAGCGACAAAUUGGAGCUGUUGCGACAGGAAAAUAAUGCUCUGAUGAGCCAGGUGAAACAGAUGCACGACGAAAGCGCACAGAACUUCCAGGCAAUGGAGCAGUCUAUCUCGCAUUUGGAGGAGUUGGAUCGAAUGAAGGAUCAGCUUAGCGACGAACGGUUCAAACAGCUGCUCAAGUAUAUCACCGAGAAAUGUUUCUAG